GGGGGGGCGGGGCCCAGCAAAGCAGAAGCCCCAGGAGGACCCCGAGCCGCUGCGGUGGGAGGCGGGAGAGUCCAGCAGGUGCGGGGCUGAGGCGACCGGGUGGCGCAGGCGACCGUACCCACCCGCACCCCUCGCGGUGCCGGACACUCGGAGGAGGACGCCACGGUGAGGCCAGGUGCCCCGGGGCUGGGGGUACCCUGGACCCCGCCCGCAGCGCCCUCUCCGGUUUCCGGCUCUUCCUGGUGCGACAGACUGCAGGGCGGUCCCCGGAGACCCUCCUUGGGCUUCCCAGCCGACACCUCCGUACAGACCCCCUCUGCAACCCAGGUCGGCACCCGGGUAGCGGGUUCGUGGAUCCCAGCAGGGUUGCACGCGGCGCGCCCCGAGUCGCCCCCACCCGGUCGCCGAGCACCCCGGCGCCAUGCCCGGCCUGUACUGCCCCUCCAGCUGGACGCCGCUGCCCCUCACCGACUCCUGGGUGCGGGCCUGCGCCAACGGGCCCUGCCUCAGUCUGCGCGCCCGCCUCACCUAUCACAACCCGCAGCCGCAGCCAGUGGACGGGGUGUUCGUGUAUCCGCUGGCCGAGGCAGAGGUGGUGUCGGGCUUUGAGGCGGAGGCUGCGGGCCGGCGCGUCUCCUUCCAGCUGCAGAGCCGGCGCCGCCAGCAGGCCGCCUGCUGCCGCGCUCUGGGCCCGGGCCUGGGGGCGCCGACGCCCCGCCGCUGUGCGCAGGGUCACCUCGUCUUGGACCUGGCACAGGCCCGCUCGGCCCUGGUGGUGCCCACCGGCCUCAUCGCUGCGGCCGGCACUGUGACUGUGACCCUGCGCAGCAGCCGGGAGCUGCCCGCCAGGCCCGACGGGGUGCUGUGUGUGGCUCUGCCUUCUGUGCUCACCCCGCUGGCCCUGCCUGGCCCGCCAGGUCCCCCCAGGCCUCCGGGGCUCUGUGACGACAGGUUGGGCCUAUGCCCCACCAGCUGCUUUGGGGUGAGCAGCCCUCAGGAGCACCCACAGGCCCCAGAGGAGCCUGCAGCCCCCCAAGAUGUGUUCUCAGGCCCUGCCCACUGCCCUGCCCCCUACACCUUCUCCUUUGAGAUGCUGGUGACUGGGCCGUGCCUGCUAGCAGGCCUGGAGAGCCCCUCUCAUGCUUUGCGGGCGGACGCACCCCCUCACGCCAGCUCAGCAGCCACCAUCUGUGUCACGCUGGCAGAGGGCCACCACUGUGACCGGGCCUUGGAGAUCCUGUUGUACCCCAGUGAGCCCCACCGGCCACACCUGAUGUUGGAGGCCGGCAGUCUGAGCUCAGCAGCCUAUGAAGCCCAGGUGAGGGCCCGCCGCGACUUCCAGAGGAUGCAGCGAAGAGACAGGGACGGGGACCGGCAGGUGUGGUUCCUGCAGCGCCGCUUCCACAAGGACAUCCUGCUGAACCCGGUGCUGGUGCUGAGUUUCUGCCCGGACCUGAGCGCCCCGCGGGGACCCCCGGGCACGGCCACCCGCGAGCUCCUUUUCCUGCUGGACGGCGCUGGCGCAGAGCACAAGGAUGCCGUGGUGCUGGCGAUGAAGUCAGUCCCGCAGCAGACUCUGGUCAACAUGGCCACCUUCUGCGCAUCGUCGGUGCAGGCCCUAUUCCCGGAGAGCCGGCCGUGCGGGGACGAUACGGUGCGGCAGGUGUGCCGGCACCUGGAGACGCUGCGGGCAGCGCCCGGGGCCCCCGACGUGCAGGCGGCGCUGGGCUGGGCGCUGGGGCAGCCACUGCGCAGGGCUCACCCCCGGCAGCUCUUCCUGCUCACCGCCGCCAAGCCCACAGCCGCCAGCACCCACCACACGCUGGAGCUCCUGCGGGGGUACCCGGGGGCUGCCAGGUGCUUCUCCUUCGGCCUGGGGCCCGGUGGUCACCAGCUGCUUCGGAGCCUGGCUGCCCUGAGCAGGGGGCAGGCCUACUUCCUGAGGCCUGGGGAGAGGCUGCAGCCCAUGCUGGUACAGGCCCUGCGGAAGGCCCUGGAGCCCGCGCUCACUGAUGUCUCCGUGGACUGGUUUGUGCCGGAUGGGGUGGAGGCGCUGUUGACGCCCCGUGAGAUCCCAGCUCUCUACCCCGGGGACCAGCUGCUCGGCUACUGCGCCCUCUUCAGGGUGGACAGCUUCCGGGCCCGCACCCCAGGGGGCCAAGAACCUGGCUGGCAGAGCCUGGGUGGCUCUGUGUUCCCAUCCCCAGAGGAGCCACCAUCUGCCACCAGCCCUGGCACAGAGCCCACUGGCACCUCUGAGCCACCGGGAACAGGCAAUCUCUCAGCAGAACUGUCUAGCCGGUGGGCUGCGGGGGACUCACAGAGUACUGACGCCCUCACAGACCCAGCCACGGACCCAGGGCCCAACCCCUCCUCCGACACAGCCAUAUGGCGUCGAAUCUUCCAGUCUUCCUACAUCCGGGAGCAGUACGUGCUCACACACUGCUCUGCCAGCCCUGAGCCAGGCCCGGGCUCCAUGGGCAGCAGCGAGUCCCCUGGCUCCCAAGGCCCUGGCUCUCCUGAGGGCAGCGGCCUCCCGGAACCCCCUUCUCAGCAGGGAUGCCGCAACCUGGCCUGGGGAGAAGCUGCAGGCUCCCGCUCCUGUCCCUUGCCCCUGCCACCCCCACCGCUGGCUCCAAUCAAGGCAGAGGCUCUGAGCACUCAGGUAAUGGGCCGGCACUGCAGAGCUGCUCUGGCUGGCCGGAGUCUCUCAUCCCCCGCGGGGAGGGUGAACCCAGCCCCUGGUCGCCCCCGGACCCCCUCUCUAGGUGCAGCCCCAGAUGAGACGGGGCAGCUGCUGGGCCCAGGUCUGGAUGACUCAGGAAACCUGCUCUCCCCGGCCCCCUUGGACUGGGACAUGCUGCUGGAGCCACCCUUCUUGUUCACGGCUGUGGGCGUCGGUGGGGAGCCGCCCCCCCCAGCAGCACUCCAGCCCACCCAGGCUCCGCGCUGCCAUGUGGUGGUCCGGGCACUGUGUGGGGAGCAGCCCCUUUGCUGGGAGGUGGGGAUCGGGCUGGAGACGCUGUGGGGGCCUGUGGAUAAUAGCCCGCCGCCUCUGACAUCCCCUGAGAGAGAAGGGGCUUGGGACCAAGCACUGCAUCGGCUGGCAGCCGCCUCCGUGGUCCGGGACAAUGAGCAGCUUGCUGUCAGGGAAGGACGUGAGGCAACAGCUGACCAGGGCCGUGCCCGAAGGGCCUGCCUCCGGGCCCUGCAGACCAGUAAGGUCAGCUUGGCCCCUUCCUGCUACACCUGCCCUGUAGCUGUGGAUGCCGCCACCAGGGAGGUCCUACCCUUGGCCCUGCAGGUGUGGAGCUCAGAGCCGCCCGAGCCCCCCAGCAGCCCUCUCGCCUCUCAGGGCUGUCGGGACGCAGGUCCUAUGCCUGCAGCCGCCCCCUCUGAAGGUAAACGCCAGACAGGGGUAGCGGUGGGGGUGGGGCAGUGCCCAGAGACUCCUUCGCCUGACUGGUUCCCCCCAGGACUGCAGGGCAGCCAGGGUCCCGGACAAGAUGGCACCCCUGAGUUUGCUUCCGGGAUCCCCGAGGGAGGUUCUCCUGGCCUGCCCCCACAGCAUGGCCCCAGAUGCCCGCAGGCCAAAGGCGCAGCGGGCCAUGACUACCUGCCCCUGGUGCGCCUGCAGGAGGCGCCCGGCUGCUUCCGCCUGGACGCGCCCUUCUGCGCCGCCGUGAGCAUCCCGCAGGAGCGCCUGUGCCGCGCCUCGCCCUUCGCCGCGCACCGUGCCAGCCUCGGCCCCACGUCCGCCUCGUCGCCCUGGGCGCUGCUGGGCCCCUCGGGCCAGGGUGACAGCGCCACCGCCUCCUGCAGCCGCUCCCCCAGCUCGGGCUCCGAGGGGCCGGGCCAGGUGGACAGCGGGCGCGGCUCGGACACCGAGGCCUCGGAGGGCGCGGAAGGGCCGGGAGGCAUUGGCAGCGACCUGCGGGGCCGGACCUGGGCCACGGCGGUGGCGCUGGCCUGGCUGGAGCACCGCUGCGCCUCCGCCUUCGGCGAGUGGGAGCUGGCGGCGGCCAAGGCGGACAGCUGGCUGCGGGCCCAGCGCCUGCCCGACGGCCUCAACCUGGUGGCGCUCAAGGCGGCGGCGCAGGGCCUCUUCCUGCUGCUGCGCCACUGGGACCAGAACCUGCAGCUGCACCUGCUGUGCUACAGCCCCGCCAACGUGUGACGGUGUGAGGGGCCGUCCAGGGGCUCACCUGCCGGGUGGGGAGGGCGAGGCCCCCACUCUUACUCAGCCCCCGCCCCAGAAUCCCCUUCCCCCACAGAAAGUGCCUGCCUGUGCUCCUCCAUCGUCCCCCCAC